UGAGCCAGUACAGAGUACACUUUCAUUCUGAACACCAAACGUGAUGGGUCUCGCGAACGUUUUCGCCGCUCUCGCUUUGACUGUUGUAGUCUCAGUGUAUGCUGCAAAUGGGCCGAUCAGACCAAUUGACCGUUCCAUGUAUCCUUACUUGGCUAUGGUGUCCCUGAUCGACGAUUCGGAAAUAACGCCAGGAGUGUUUAUUUCCGAGAAAUACGUGUUGACAAACGGAGAUGUUGUCCAAACGGCUACAGAAUCAGCAAUACUGGUCAGCGCUGGCAAUGGGGAUGAGGUGUUUCAGGUGAUUGAUGUUACCACCGAAUAUGAUAAAUGGGUUUCCGUUCUUGAAUUGAACGGCACUUACAACGGACCUGUCCUUCCUUUACUUUCGAAGAAAAAUAAGCCAUUCGACUUCAGGCACAACAAACCCGGAGACUUGCUUUUCCUCCAUGAAAACGGAACGCUGUUCGGACAGUCAACUGACGUACUCAAUAGCAACCUCUGCCCAGACGUACUCAGAGAAUCUGGGGAGGAAACUGCCGCAGAAGAUUUCAACACAACGGUUCAAAGCUGUAACAAAUUUGAUCCAUCCGACUGUUCCUUCCAUUACAACCAAGCUGAAAAGCUGCAACGUCACGCAGCACUGGCCGUCGAUGGAGUUGUAAGUGGCUUCGUUUCCAAUUUGAACUGCGACUAUGGAGAAGAUAACACGAAUCUAUACGAUGCCCCUCAAAUAUUCACCAACAUCGGAGCUUACAGCGAGUGGAUAAUGGAAAAUGCAGGAAUGAUCAAAAAAUGAUGAGCAUAAUAUACUAUUCAGCCCUGUUUGAAACUUUUUUCCCAAAGUUUGUAGUGUGAUUUGAAUAUGAUUUCUGAUUUGUUUCUACGACCAAAAUAAAUAAGAACUUAUUCUAAUUAUGGCCAUUUAAA